GGGGGGUAGUACAUGUGUAAAAUUAAACGAACUAAAAUUAUAAACCUUUUUCUGUUUUUGUAUUAAAAUAUGCUUGCAGUACAUCUGACUCUGGUCUUGAUUUGAUCUCAAACGUCUGGUUUGGUCCGUGGCUCGGGACGAUGGACGAUCGGUGGAAAACACACAAAUCUGAUUUAUUACAGUUAAAUUUUUAUGGAGUUUAUUUUAUUAGCUAAAUCUCUGCACAGACAUGAGUAAUCCAGCCUAAAAGGUUAGAUUAAUCUAUGAGAAAGACGCCGACAAAUCCAGAUGUUCCAGCCUGUAUUUGUUAUAAUCGUGAUGGUUACGGCUCACAGCUGAUCUCAUAACUGGAAUAUUGUGAAAAGGCUGAAUAUCUGAGUCCAGAAGGGUGGUCAGCACCGAGGAGGUUAUUCUGGUUUAGGGGUGGGGGUCCAAUAAUCCCAGUAUUACAGUAUUUUUUUAUUCAUGGUUAACCUCAUUUGUAUGGGUCCUCCUUUCCUCCUCAUCUAGAGCUGCCUCCACGCUCAGGACCGUUUUCCCAGCAGCUCUUUGCCAGGCCGACAUUUUUAUUCCAUUUUCAGAUUGCAAACCUAUAACUAUAAAAAUGUGUUUGGUGUUCCCGAUGAAACGAUUGGAUAAGUGAACUGUGGAGGUUUUAGAUGUUCAGAUGUUGGAGGCGUGGCGUGAAGGCCAAACGCGUGUGUGUCACGCUCGGCGCGCCAGAGUUGGCAGCCCUGCUCCUGAAGCCGUUUCUCCCUCCCGGGUGUAGUGAUGGGAAUUCCGGCUCUUUUUAGAGAGCCGGCUCUUUCGGCUCCCAAGUGGCUCCUCAGAUUUUCUGUUGCGUUGAGUACAUUUAUAACCAAAAUAAUGCUAAACUAUAUGUAAAAUGAUUUACUAAUGUAAAAAAAUGAUAUAUAUCAAAUAUUUAUCAUUUAUAUGGAUGUAAUAACUGAACACUUUAAGAAAUCUCCACUUUCCGACUGCUGGCGCUCAUUUUCUCACCGUCUUCGUCGCACUCUCCUCUCUCUCGCUCGCCUUUUUCCUCCUCCUCAUUCCCUCUCGUCUCCCUCCGCCCGCACGUUCUCUGCUGUGUGUCUGAGUCUGAUCCUCCCUCUUCCCCGCCCCUACUGCUCUGUGUGUGGACAGUCUGGACACAUGUUGACCUGUAGCUUUCACCAAAGCACGAGUGGAGGGGGGAGGGAAGGGGACGGCUCUCGUCGUUCACUUUAAAGAGCCGGCUCUUAGAGCCGGUUCGUUCGCUACCGACACAUCACUACCCGGGUGUCGUUGGGCGGAGGAAGCGGGAAGCGCCGCGGUUUGGUGAGACACAACCUGGAGGUCCAAGCCGUGGUUUUGGUGGAAGUUUUUAGAAAACUGAGAAAGAACCACUUUAUUAUUUAAAAUCUCCUCCACGACAUAUUUAUAGCGCUACGCUAAGAACGCUAAGAGGCACGAACAUGUUUAAGCUAGCUUGUUUAGCAGAUUUGCUGUUGUAGCUUUGAAAGAGUAAAAAUGUCUGAACUCCUAAUAAUUCACUUUUAUUUAGAAAUAAAUUAUUGUUAAAAAUUCAGGAAACGCUUUGAGCUUCCAGCGGUGAACCCAGCGGAGCUUUCAGGGCGGGUCAGACAGGAAGUCGAACACAAAAGCAGCGUAAAACUUCCUGAAACUUUCAAAACAAAAGUCGGGUGCAGAUUUCCAGUUGCUGGAACUUCCGUAGCUGAGGUAAACAGGACGGGAAAUGAACCACGGAGCUUUUGGGGAGUGCUGAAAUCACGCGAGGUGUUGCGACUCUCCUGUGAUUUUAUGACCAGCUGCAUGGAAUGAUUCAGCUGCCGCUGGAACGCUCCCGGUGGGAAGCUCGCGGGUGUAAUGCUGCGUAUGCCCUGGACAGUUUGGUUCGUCUGAGUUGUCAGACAAGAUUUAUUUAAUUUGAAAGUUGAUCAUAACGAAGUCCUUGCUGGUUCGGGUGAUCUGCUGGAGGACCACCACCAGAACCAGGAUGCACUCCACUGGCUAUAGAGGGUCAUAACUUUUGUUGUCUUUAGUAAAAGUUUUCUGACCUUUUUUUAUUGCUUAUAAUUUCAUAUUUUACUGAUAAAAAUGUCACAUCAUUAAUAUAAAGGAGCAGUUUUAGGGAGUUUAACAGAUGCAGCCUUCAGGGUAAGGAGGUUUCUCCAUGACUGAGAUGUUGGAGGUACAGACGCAUCCGGCUGGAUCUUCCGGUCUCUGCAGAGCCGAAGUGAACCCGGCAGCAGACUCUAACGUUGUUUCUGCUUAAAAGUCCUCCCUCUGCAGCUGUGUGUACACUCUCACUCGGUCUCCGUCCUUCCUGCAGUCCAUUCGUCAUCCUGGACGUCUCCGUCUGAUGACAAGUCUUCCCUCUGUUUCACCACGUCUUCCUCCCUGGAACGCCAGUCGGUUUUUUAUGUCUUUGGUUUCAAGGGCAGACAUUCCCUCUCUUUUUUCUCCUCCUCCUCUUCAUUCUCUGCCCUUCAUCUGUCCAGAUAAAUCCUGUAAAAGCUGCAGAUGUGUGGAGAGACGUAAACCAGCACUAGCAGAGUGUUAAUUCCUGGCAUUUCGGGACUCGCCCUUUGGCUUGGGGCAGGGAGAACGCCGGCCGCUCUGGUUUGGUCCGUGUUAUUCGUGCCAUUCAGAGAGACCGCGAGACCCGGGCCGCUUUGAAGAGCAGAGAGCACAAACAUGAGCGGGCGCAGGGCUGAACCUCGGCUAUUUCUGAAUCGUUUCUCCCCUCCGAGCCCUUCUGCUGUGGAUCCCUACGUGAUCGAGUGUGUCGGCGUUUGGUCUGCUGCAGGCCGGCCGUCGUUAACUCAUCAGCAGCUCAAGUUUGUAAUCAGCUCUGAGUGUUUGCAUCCAGCAGCUGUUGUAGAUAAAUAACAGCCUCGCAGAACAUUUACAAUCAAAGAGAGCGUCGGGCUGCCAGAGACCCGACGCCGAGCUGCAAUGAAAGGAAGCAGUCAUGAGCAGAUGAAAAGAUAGAUGGGCGGAGGGAAGCAGGAGAGAGAUGAGGUCUCCCAGAGAGACCGCUGGGAGGGAGAUGAUGAAGGGGAGAGAAGUUAAAAGAGGAGGAGGAGGAGAAGCUGCGGCUUGGAGGGCAAUUAGCUCCCUCCUGCUCGCGAACAACUUCUCAGGAGUCACUCUGCAAAGCUCACGGAGAAGAGGAGGAACAUCUCAGCUGCUGCAGUCAGGAAAGAGCUCCUAGUCCGGAUUAGGCUCGUUGGGUUAGGAUUAGGGUUAGCGUACAGGCUCCAGCUUGUUUGUGACUGCAGCAGCAGACCUGAUGACGAGGCUCUCUAAUUCCACUCCUGCACCUGAAAUUACUGCGCAUCCUCCAAGUUUACAGCUUCAAAGUCUGAAGCCGUUUUCUGUUUGCCUCUGCUGAAAACGGCUCCCAAAGCGUGUAAUUAUGUUGCUGCUGCGCGACUGAGAGCAGGGAGAGAGGCGGACUGGCUUCAGACUCUCGGAUUAGAGGAGGUGGAGGAGUAAACAGAGGCAGUAAACACAUCCUGUCCACAGCCGGAGCUCGUCCAAACACUCCCGGAGGAGCCUACGCUCCAGAAGCCUCCUUUAGGAUGACCCUGCAUCACCUCCUCCAUCUGCAGAGCGCCUCCACCUUGCUCCUCCUGCUCCUGCUCUCCGUCUCGCUGUGGAGUCAGCAGGCCGAGGCCGUGGUCCACUCCAGCUUCAGACGCCUCAGUGGCCGUGAGAAGAAGGAGAUGCAGAAGGAGAUCCUGAACAUCUUAGGCCUGCCGGGGCGACCCAGGCCCCACCCGCCGCUUCGGCCGCCUUCCUCCGCGCCGCUCUUCAUGCUGGAUCUGUACCACGCCAUGUCGGCCGAAGACGAGAACGAGAAUGAGGUGAGCGGACCUGGAAUAGGGAGGUUUGGAGCAGCUGCAGCAGCGCAGGUCAGCUACGCGGCCAUGCCGACCCUCAGCACGCACACGCCUCCCCUGGGAGCGGUGGUCAGCGAGGCCGACACCGUCAUGAGCUUCGUCAACCUGGCUGACGUCUUUAGCAUGAAAAUGGGGCGGAAAACAUCUGGAUGUGAAAAUCAUCCCAAAGAAACCGGCGACACAAUGCGGCCAUCGGCUGACCUCGACAUGUUGGCGUCGGUAUCAGCAAUAGAAAAACCCAAUAUCGGUCAGCAUCUGAUGAGGACUGCUGUUAUCGGUCCGGUUUCCACAUCGUUCGUGUGGCGUCUGGUCUCGUUGGGUUUGUCAGACAAACCCAGCUGUCAGCGGUUCUUAUUUUUGUCUCUUGGAUGUGGCGGAGAUGCUGUUGGCCUCCAGAACCCGUGGGUCCGUCUGGCCGAUGCCUAUCUCCCUGUCAGCAUGAAAGUUAAACAUCCUCUUCCCAGCGGCUUCCUUCCUCUCUGCUCCUCUGGGGUUUGGACGACACGAGCUCCUCUCGGAUUAAGGGUUUCCUGUUUCAGAGCUCUGCUCUGUGAGGCAAUCCCGUCUCCGCCUCCCAUCCAAACAAAAGGAUUUCACAACGACGAUACGUUUAAUGGAUGUCUCUUCACCUCCAGGGAGCUGGAGCUGGUGCUGCUGGACAUGCAGUCGGUUCCUGCGGGCCAGGAGGGCUGGCUGGCCUUCGAUGUCACCUCAGCCUCCAACCACUGGCUGCUCCACCCACGCAGCAACCUGGGCAUACGCCUCUACGUAGAGACGGAGGAUGACCGAUCCCUGUCUGCAGCCUGGAUCGGCCUGGUGGGUCGCAGGGGCCCCGGGUCCAAGCAACCCUUCAUGGUGACCUUCUUCAGGGAGAACCAGGUUCCGUGUCGGCCACCGCGAGCCGUCAAGCCCCACCCCAGGAGGAAGAAACACAAAUACGACCUCCCGGUCCCCAUCAUCAACAAUCGCAGUGCUGCAAGUAAAGGCGAGCCGUGUAAAAAACACGAACUCUACGUCAGCUUCAGCGACCUGGGAUGGAAGGACUGGGUUCUGGCUCCUACCGGAUACUCGGCGUACUACUGUGAUGGAGAGUGUAUCUAUCCUCUGGGCUCCUGCAUGAACGCCACCAACCACGCCCUGAUCCAGCUCGUGGUCCACCUCAUGAAGCCAGAGGAAGUCCCUACAGCCUGUUGCGCUCCAACCAAGCUCAGCCCCAUUUCGGUCCUGUUCUACGAUGACAACAACAACGUCAUCCUCAAAAAGCAUCGCAACAUGGUGGUCAAGACCUGUGGGUGUCUAUGAAGUAAACAGGAAAGUCUACCAGGAUAAACUGGACUUGUGAAGUACACAAAAUCACAAGCAAGUGUAUCACACAUGGUUUAAAUGCUGCUUCCGGAUCCAUCCGGCACUUUGUUACAACUGCUUUUAACACUUUUAUGUAAUGAAUUUUAUACCAAGUGCAACUUAAUAAAUAAAGUUGUUACGUCCCUCCGCUCACUAGGAGUGAUGUGGUGGAGGGAGUAAGAGAAACAGUGUGUGGGUUUCAUAAUAACAAAGUAAUGUGUCUCCAACAAAGGAUUUUAUUAAACAAACACAAAGAGCCGCUAUAUACAAAAGGGAAAAAGGAUAACAAGAAGCGCCAAGCCAAAAGGGCUGGGAGGAGGAGAACUAACUAACUAAGAUAUUCGUUUACAAACAAAAAACACUAGACU